UCUCGUCUGGUUAUCGACAUCUUCAGCUUCAACCCAUUCAACUCAUCUUCACUCAUAUUCAUCCUGCUGAAACAGUAUCAACUUUUAUCGUGACGUAAACAUUGAUGUGCAUCCUCCAUUAUUUUUCAUGAUUGCUAGCUUGAACUGGAAAACAAUGUCUAAUAUGGGUCAAAUAUGAAAGUUGUUUAUAACUAUGAAACAUAUUGCAGGUAUGUAUGUUUUAAGGCAUGCAUACCUUAAAAGCAGGGCCUAUUUUGGUUGCUAUAAGUCCUUUCAAGAAAGUUCCUAUGUAUGGUAACAACUAUAUUGAAGCCUACAAGCGUAAGAUAACUAAAAGCCCACAUGUAUAUGCAAUUACAAACACAACAAUCCGGGAAAUGAUACGAGAUGAAGUUAAUCAAUCUAUAAUUAUCAGGGAGGCUAACACCACUAGCGUUCCUGUGGCUCGUCCAAUAUGGAUGGAAUUCCCAUCCGAUGAAGCUACUUUUAGCAGUGAUGAAGCUUUCAUGGUUGGUAACAGUAUUUUAGUGCAAGAGAUCUAUACCCGUGCUUUAAUAAGUUUGCAGACACAUGUCUUCUUCCAGCUGAUCAUUUCCUUCUAUUUUGUAGUUCUUAUUUGGAGUUUUUAUAUUUCUUUAUUGCUGGCAGCGAGCUAAGCAUGCAUCAGUCUAUUUGCCCGAAAAACAAUCCUGGUAUGACCUAAGAACUGAAGCUGGAGAUACAAUUGGUAUCCUAUCAAUAGGGUUGACAUAUGUAAGCAGCAAGGAAUUGUUUCUUGUAGUUAGUUGAGUGUAAAUAUUUCAAUCUUGAAUGGCAGGAAAUAAUAAGACAUCAUAGCGAUAAGGUCAACCAAGCGAUUAACCGGUACACUGUUAAAUCGAUACUAUGGCAGUUGCUCAAUGGACUACACUAUCUGCACAGGUUGUGAAGUUGAAGAUGGUUCCUUUUAUUUUUUUCUUUGUGUUGACUUAUAUUAUUUCUAAUAACGCAGGGAGAAUCAACUGCCCUAAUGCUACAACUGGCCUUUCAAAGUCUCGGAAUAGUUUACUGAGACAUUGGAACCUCGCCGUUGUAUGUCUUUUUAAGCGUCUUCCCUGCGUGCAUAAAGGACAACGAUGAUAUCUUGGUGUUGUGUCACGCUCAGACGGGUUGGAGUAAUCCAGAUUGGUUAGUGGCUGCUAUAAAAGGGAGGGAAGCAAGAGCUUUUAACGGUGGAAGCAAAGUGGAGUGGCUGCUACAACACAUAAUGGUGGCAGAAUAUAGAAACACAUGAUAGUCGAUUCAUUUCUUAUCAUUUUAAUUUAAUUUAAUUCAAUGCUCUUUUACAUUUUUAAUGUGUGUGCAUUAUCUAUAAACUGAUUUGUAACCGACUCUUUGAGACAGACACAAAAGCACCAUGAUUCGGUGAGCAAUGGAGACCUAUAUGUCGGUGCAUUAUUUUAUGGAAGUAUGAUAAUUCUGUUGAAUGGAUUUGCUGAAUUUUCUAUGAUGGUUGGGAGGCCUUCUGUGUUUUACAAAUUUCAAGACCAGAUGACCACUAACACAUUAGAGAGAGAUGUUGUUUGUUUAAUUUAUACUUGUAUUUUUGUUUGAUGAUUUAUACUUAUAAUUGUAUUUCUGUUGGAUGAUUUAUACUUAUACUUGUAUUUCUGUUUGUUUGAUUUAUACUUGUAUUGCAAGACCUGGAAAGGUGUAUAAGGCUGCAAUAUCCACAUUGUUCACAUUUCACAUGCUUACUGCAGCUGGAACUGAUCAUGUACGAGUUUGUCGUUGUGAUAUUUCUUCUGGGUCAUUUUCACAUACUUUGUCUGGUCAUCGAGGUAUGUCGGUGUUCUUAUUUCAACUUCCAAAAAACCAUUUUAUGCAUUAUUAUUCAUGCUAUGUGUUUCUUACCACAAUUGUUAAUAAUGCGGUGUUAUAAGCUGUGUGGUUGCAGCAUUACAAUUGUUAUU